GAAAUAUGGAAACACACAUUUGAUUCAACUGUCAAUGAUGAUGUGACCAUCUCCAGGCAUUCUCGUUUUAUUCCCCCACCCUCAGUUUAUCGAAAGCGAGACAGAAAAGAAGAAAUAGGCCAGUUCAGAGCAAUUUAACAUUCUGAAUAACAAAUAUAAUUAUAAAUAAAUGUAACAAACGUUUAAAUUUUUUUAAUUUACACAUUAAUGGGAAUAUGCAGUAGACGUUAUUAUAUCUAAUUAAUUAUUUAUUUAUAAAGAAAAAUAUUACGUAUAAAUAAAUGAAAAAAAUCAAAAUAAUUCCCGGGAUUGGCCUAAAACGGGAUAUAUACGAACGAGGUGAAAUAAAGAGCGAUAGCUGAGCGCUGACAACAGGAAUAGAGCAACACAGGCACAUCAGUCGGGGUGCAGGUGGCACAAGGUGAUCAAUGCAGCGGUGGCGGCUGUAAAAUGCUAGUCUCCGAUGGUUACCGUCGCCGGAGGAGGGCGCCCGCAUUCGUGGCUCUCUACCCUCGACCCGGAGCUAAGACAACACAUACAGAACUGUCCGUGUCCUUGCAACCACAUGGGGUACGGGAAUGUCCUAGACUACCAGAUCCCCCAUUGCGCUCACGAAUAUCCAAUUCGAGAAACAUCCUUUAACGUGCCUCAAUAUUACAAUGACGUUCGAGAUUAUUACCACCCCUACGACUACCACGGCUCCAUAGAAUCAUGUUCUUGCAGCACAUCCAGCGACACUUCCAAAACAACUUUCAAAGGCCCUUGGUGCAUCUGUAUAAUAAUCUGCGUUUUAAUCGCGACUCUAACCGCCGGUUUAGGCCUACCCCUAGCUCUAGGUCCCCACAUGCCCCCCCAAACCUCCGAACAACGACUCGAUGUCAUAAAAAAACUAUUAAAAGAACAACCCCUAAUCGACGGCCACAACGAUCUACCCUGGAACCUCAGAAAAUUCGUUCACAAUAAAUUAUUCAAUUUAAACUUGAGUUCUAUAAGUGAUCGAGAACCUUGGGCGACUAGUAAAUGGUCUCAUACGGAUAUACCGAAACUUAGAGCCGGUCUAUUGGGGGCUCAAUUCUGGUCUGCUUACGUGCCUUGCAAAGCUCAACAUCUCGACGCUGUACAAGUCACUUUAGAGCAGAUAGACGUCAUCAAAAGGCUGGUCGAGUUCAAUUCUAAUCAUUUCUCAUUGGUGAGGUCUACGCGGGAAAUUAGAUCGGUCCAUAAGGAAGGGAGGAUCGCUUCGUUGAUCGGAGUCGAAGGAGGACACGCUUUAGGUAAUUCCUUGGCCGUUUUGAGGACUUUCUACAGUCUAGGUGCUAGAUAUUUAACCAUCACCCAUUCGUGCGACACCCCUUGGGCAACAGGGACCAAUACCAAGACCAGAGACGGUCUUUCGGAAUUCGGGAAGAGCGUUAUUAAAGAAAUGAACCGUCUUGGUAUGAUUAUAGAUCUUUCUCAUACAUCUAUGACCACUGCCAAAGCGGCGCUCAAUAUAUCCCGAGCGCCGGUUAUAUUUUCACAUUCAAGCGCCUUUUCGCUGUGCAAUUCCUCUAGGAACGUACCCGACGACGUGCUCAAAUUGAUAGCGCACAACGGAGGAGUAGUCAUGGUAAAUUUUUACACUUACCAUGUUACUUGUAACGAAACUGCCACUAUACAAGACGUUAUUAAACAUAUUAAUCAUAUUAGGACUGUUGCUGGUAUCGAACACGUCGGAAUCGGAGCUGGAUAUGACGGGAUAAAUAUGACACCUAGUGGAUUAGAAGACGUGUCUAAAUAUCCUUAUCUCUUAGCCGAACUGCUAGCUGACCCUAAUUGGACGGAAAAAGACGUCGUGUCAUUGGCCGGUUUGAAUUUAUUGAGAGUAUUCGAGGGAGUCCAAGAAGUAAGAGACAAAUGGAAGAAUGAACAGGUACUUCCGGUGGAAGACGAAAUCCCACCUAUGCACAACCCGUGCUCCUCGUUAUAUUCUUGACGACGGUUUUAUAAAUUUUUAGGAUAUCGAAGGUUGAAUAAGCUUUUUAGUCUGUCGUUUUAGAAGAAUGUAUUUGUGUAUAGUAUGACAAUAUUUUUGACGCGUAGCUUUAAUUAAUCUAACCGAUUUCUUCUUAUAUUGUUGGCCUUUUACUUCGAAACUCGCAGCCAAAUACAACUGUUUCUGGAGAAUAAAACUUACGAGGUGUGGUGGAAAAUUAUUUUGAUAAGGAUACAAAGUAAAUAGGUGAAAUAUAUGUUUGAUGAUGUUAAAUCUGGUGAAUAAGAGGUAUGUGGAGAAACGGGAAGAAUUCUAUCCGCAAAAAAAACAACAAAUCGUGGUAUGGUACGAUGUAAAGAUUAAAUGAAUGACGUUGGUCCAUUUUUUGAUACUUUUCGUCUUUGAUCGAUUUUCAUUCCCUCACGUGACGUUUAAAAAGUUAUUAUAUCAUCACCAUAGACAUAUAUUACUAUUUAUUGAGUUUUUUUAAGCGUCUCAUAUUCUACUAUGAAAAUUUAUUUAUCACACCUCGUAUCUUUGCUUAUAAUAUUGGCCUCUUGUUUAGAUAUGCACAUCCAUUUAAUUUCUUUCUGACACAGAACAAAUAAUUAUUUCUUAGAAACGUAGAACGUAAACAACUCAUAGAACCAAAAAAGUAUUUCUUGUACUGUUGGCCUCCACCUUUGAGCUGCUCAGGCAAUUUAACCAGUAGUACAAAUAUCAACAACAGAACAAAAAAUUUACUUACGGGGUGUGGUGGAAAAUUAUUUCGAUAAGAAUACAAAGUAAAAAGGUGAAAUAUAAGUUUGAGGGUGUUAAAUCUGGUGAGUAAGAGGUAUGUGGAGAAACGGGAAGACUUCUAACCGUAAAAAACUCUCGAAAUAACAACAAAUAGUGACAAGAGUCGUUGUCAAAAUUGAAAUAAAGCCGAAGGAUCAUUUUCAUGUCCAUAUUUUGAUAUUCUUUGUCCCUGACGAAUUAAAUCCCUCAAGUGACAUCUCAAAAAUUGUUAUAACAUCAACAUAGACAAUUUUUUUAAUCUUGAAUUUGAAAUUUGAUGAUAAUACGUGUCCGAGCUGCUGUAUUUUUCGUCAGUAUUGGCCUGUUGCUUUGAGUUGCACGGCCAGUACAUUUCUUUCUGACACAGAACAAAGAAUUACUUUAUCAUAUAUUGUUGGCAUUUUUCUUCGAGAUGAACAACCACUUUAAUCAAUUUUGACAGAUACACAAAACUUAUAUAUAUAUAUAUAUAUAUAUAUAUAUAUAUAUAUAUAUAUAUAUAUAUAUAUGAAAUUUGAUGAAAAAAUUCGAAAAUUAACGCUUGAUAUACUUCACAGUAUGUCAAAAUGACAAAUUCAAAUUAUUUUUCUCUAGCACGAUAACAAAACGUAAUGACAUUUGAAUAUUUAGUUCUGUGGUUAAAGACGUUUGACUUUUGACAUAUUGCGACAUUAUUUUCGCCCAUACCGUAACAUUAGACAUCUGUCUAUGGUUCUAUGGUUCGCACCAACGAUCUACAUCAUGUAACUUAUUUUUGAGUUGUUUCGGAAGUUGUUUGCCGUCUAAUAUCUAAUUACCUUUGUGCUCUAUCCACUUCAAACUUCUCUAUAACCUUAUUAUAGCAAAUAAUAUAACUUUCUACGGAUAUUUUCGAUUGAGAAGCCUCUAUUGAGACUUACCUUUUGGCAGAAAUAAAUGUGUCUGACUCAUAUGUGUUGUAUACUUAGCACGCACAAUAUAAGAUUGAUUUUGCGUAUAGGAAAAUCUGGACGGAAGCUAUAACGUCCUUGUGUAAGAAAAAUAGCUAUGUGACUGUUUUUCAAGAAAGUAAUGGCGCCCGCGCCUGCGCGCGACUUCGGUUUCUGCUGUCAUGGGGCCUCGCGGAUGUAAACAAGACAGAAAAAACUUGUAUUUCACUCGUACUUUUUUGUAAUUUCUUUAUUUAUAUCUAUAAAUGUUAUUUUCUUUAAGAAACUCCUAUUUUUCAAUAAUUUGAACAGACAUCUGUUUCGCGCGGUUCUCUUAUUGGAGCCGCCAUUAUCGUCUUAGCUCGUGGCCAACCAAUCGCAUGUCCAGAAUUUCCCAUACAGGGACAAAUAUAAUUCUAGAACGCCCUCUGUGUGUAUACUAUGAAACUAAUACUGUGUAAAUAGAUUUUUGAUUCGACUUAGGGAUAAAUUUUUCAUUUUUGAUUUUGAAAAAAAAAUUGCUCGUUUUUUUUAUUUUUGUAUUUCGAACAUUUUCAUUGCCGUUCAAAAAAUUUUUCAAAAUUUUAUUUCUGUUUACAUUAAAAAAAAAUAAAAUACUGUCAAAAUUCUAAGUACUUUAUAAAAAAAUCAUAUUUUUCAAGAAACCUUGUAUAUUAUAAAAUAAUUUAAUAUCUGAUGUUUGUUUUUCAUAAUUUAGAACAUGUAAAAUUUUUUAUCAAGAAUAACUUUUUUCGUUAAAAUUAAAAAGUUUCUAUUGAAUUAUGAGUCAGUUUCAAUAGUUUUUUACGUGAAUUUUGAUGUCUACUAGUGUUUUCGUAUUAGAACACUACCAGGUUUUUUUUUUGGAAAUAAAAGUAUCUUAUUUAUGAAGCGUAUUUAGGUAUUCAUAUUUUACAACGCGGUUCGUUUUAUUCACUCGAUAAAUUCUUCUCUUUUACGAAAUAAAACGACUUACCUAUACAACAUGGUAUAAAAUCACAAUACAUUUCCAAAAUAAUAAUUUGCAUACAACAUUUCAUUUAUACAGAAUAUUAUAUUAUCGACGUAACCCCGUAUAAUACGAUUUAUUAUUGUGCAUAAUAUUUAUGUAAAAAAUAUUUUCAAAACCAGUACACUUUCACUAUAUAAAAUUUCUGUAGACGUUUAGAUUUUCGAAAAGCUAUAUUUCUAAACUUGUUUUUUGGAAAACGCUUUUCAAAACUGUAGAUUUAAACCAAACAGAAAAUUGUAGAUAUAAACAAUUUGAACCGAAUAAAAAUCUAUCAGCUCGGCAGUAAAUUAUUCAUUUGAAUAUUGAAAUAACCUCAAUUCGUCUCAUAGCAAAUGAACUACUACAUUAAACAACGUGAACCGUAAAUAUCAGAUAUUAAAUAUUAGCGCUGUUGCCAAACUAUUAAAAUAUUAAUUGAAAUAUUUUAUUUGUAUUAAGUAUAGAAUCAAAUGUUCUACAAUAACAUCGAUCAACAACAGAAAAGUCGAUAUGGAAUGAAGUAUAAGUAGUUGAUGUUAAUAAUAUACUUUAUUUCAAGAUUCAUGAGUAGCAGUUCCCUAUCUUCGUGAAUCGAAACAUCUCUAUUAAUAUUAAAUAAUAAACAUAUGAUAAGUUUGUAGAGAUGUUACCACGUUGUAAUUUGUUUCCAGUUCUGAAAUCAUCUAAGUUUAUUAUGGUUAGUAGUGAUAGGAUACAAAUUUUAAUUGAAAAAUAAUUAAUUGUUGGAAUUAAUCGAUAAAACAAGAAAUUCUAACAAUAACCUGAUUAUGCUAACAAUAAAUCUUACAACAUUGUAGAUCAAUGACACAGGGCUGCCAAUACUUAACAUCAAAUUUCCACUGUUACGCGAGUAAUGAUUUCAGUCACACUUGAAUAUAAAUAUGUUUGUACCUGCAAAUUUUAGAUAUAAAUAAUGUAAUAAGAAGUGUUUUUGUUUAUAUCUGCAUUUUCUGUUACAGUUGUCUACAAAAUAUGUAUAAACUGUAUAAUGUAAAAGAAAUAUAUACAUAUAUCAUCAAAAGUGCUGUGUACCUUAUGACGAUGUCAAGAAUGUUGAAAUGGUUGACCAGAAAGACCUAAAUAAUGGGAAAUAGGUAUCAAUUUGUAAAAAAACAUGCCAUUUUUUAAAUAUGUGAAAUUUAUUAUAAAUAAACGUCCUUAUAUCUGAAAUCCUAUUUAAAAGAUUCAGAAGGUCUGCAUCUCUCCUGAAAACGUCCUGAAUUCUAUUCGUCCUAUUUUUACUCCCGAAAGUAUAUCGUUUAUCUUAAAUACUGCAUUUUAGAACAAGUUUUUUUUUAUUUUCCAAAAAAGUUGUUCGAUAAAAAAAUAAAUUUUUUGAUCCUGUUUCACAUGUAUGAAAAGAUACGAUAAGGUAUUUGUUGUGGCUUUUGAUAGUUUUUAAUGUGCAAGUUGGAUGUUUAUAGAAAAACAAUUUAUUAUAAUACGAGAGUAAAUAUAUAGAAAUGAAUUUAUUUAAAAAAAAAUUUAUAUGUUGUUGGGUUUGUAAAAUUUAUAGAAAUACAUAUUUACCAACGUAGACGCGUAGAUAUAUUUUAUAUCGUAUUUGAGGAAAUGUAUUUUAAUAGAUUAUAAUACAAUAAAGGUUGAUUUUGCAA